UUUGCUUUCCACGAACAACAAGUGUCUGUUCCCCUCAGUUCUGUUCUGCUGUGGAGUGGAAAAAAAGUGGAGAGGAGAGGAGUGGAAUUCACAGGAGCUGAAUGCCCAGCCUCACAACUAGCUUCAGAACCAAGGGUUUUGGACCAACCCUAUGAGCAAAAGACGUUAGAAAGACGCUGAAAAUACAUUAUUCUCAACCACUUUUGCUCACCGGGAAGCUACCCUGGGACUAGUCUCUCUUGUGACGGUCUGAAAAUCGAGUAUCUGAUUUGCUUCUUGUAGGUGCCAACAUUACUCAGACACAGGACAAGAAGGACAAGAAGACAUGCUGUGACGAGGAAGAGGCUCUUUAUAUUUUGGACUAGCGGCGGCGGCGGCGGCGAAUGCUGAGGGCGAGGCCCACUGAGGCCCCAGUGUUUAGAAGCAGAGUAGUAAUGGCCGUUCAAACUGCAAUCAUGAACUCUCCGUUCAUGAACUUCUGUUUCCCUGGGUCGGUCAUGAUGGAGUAUGACGCGGAUAAGAGCCUGGACGGGAGUCUGCUGGGGGAGAGUGAGGAGAGAGGGGAAUACAGAGAAACCACCAGGGAUCUGCUCAGCUUCAUAGACUCAGCCUCCAGUAACAUCAAACUGGCUCUGGACAAGCCGGUCAAGUCCAAAAGGAAGGUCAACCACCGCAAGUACUUGCAGAAGCAGAUCAAGAGAUGUACAGGCAUCAUCAGUCCAACAGGGAACCCAGCAGCGACUCCAGGGGCAGGGGCCAACAAGAGAAAAGGCUCUGGCUCUCCCACUCAGCCCCAGGCCCAGCCUCAGACCCAGCCCAGCCCAUUCCAGCAAGGCAAACCCCUCCACAAGCGGGACGGGCUCCAGGCCAACCUCCAGAGCAAGAGCCUGGCUGCCCUCUUCAACUCUGUCAAGGAGCCCGUCAGGGGGGAGAGAGCCAAGAAGCUUCCCCUGAGGCACCGUAAUCUUCCCCCAUCCUUCUUCACUGAGCCGGCCAACACCACCACCACCUCACGAGUCACCUCCACCUCAGGCAUGUUCCUGGGGGAUCUGGAGCGGGGAGUGGGGAACCCGGAGGCGGCCGACUUCUUUGACCUGCUGGGGCCGGACUACAGUAACAUGCUCAGUGACCAGGAUGUGUUUCAGGCUCGGGGCCUGUCCAGUAGGAUCCUCCAACACCAGCAGACUCAGGACAUAACAGACCAGGUCUCGCCCUACGACCCUCACCAUCUAGUGGGAGGAUUCUUGUACACAGAGCCUUGGAGUACCUCUUCUCCUUCUAAGAAGGCAGGGGAGGGCGUACGGACGGGCCCAGGACCACAGACGCCCCUGUACUGUCAGGCAGGGGAGGGCGUACGGACGGGCCCAGGACCACAGACGCCCCUGUACUGUCAGGCAGGGGAGGGCGUACGGACGGGCCCAGGACCACAGACGCCCCUGUACUGUCAGGCAGGGGAGGGCGUACGGACGGGCCCAGGACCACAGACGCCCCUGUACUGUCACUCUAUGUCCGACUCCUCUGUGACAGGGUCUGGAUCUGCAGAGGAUAAUAACUCAUUGUGUACUCUGACCUUCCCCAACUUCUUCCCAGACUGCUCCGUGUCUCAGGUCUCAUAUGGCCUGAGUAGUGGUGGUUACAACACAACUGAUUUCUCUUCUCUCUGAUGAGACGUCACCGCUGCUUCCCUGGUUGGGACUGAAGGUUGAGUAGCUCUAGUGCGGCUUGCUAUCGACCAGAGCUACAGGUUGAGACGCCAUCUAUCUAUUGGUCGCGUACACAGUUUCCAGCAGGUAUACAAGGUGCAGUGAAUUGCGGAUGUGCCCAACUCCCUCAACAUUAAUCAAUAAUCUUAUAAUCAAUAAUAACUAGUAGUAUAAGUAAUAGAAGAGGUAGUAGGCAUAUGAUAAUGGAGGUAUUUACAAAUAUAUAAAGUGGGUAGUGGAAUUAAUAGUAUGUAAUAAAACAGCAGCAUUGACGGAGUGUGUGUGUGUGUGUGUGUGUGUGUGUGUGUGUGUGUGUGUGUGUGUGUGUG